AUGCGCCUCAAAGACUUCCCGAGCUUCAUCCGCACCACGGACCCAGAUGACGCCAUGCUCACCUUGACCCUGCACUCAACGGAGUGCCAGUGCUCCGUCCCGUCUGCUGUCGUGUUCCACACAUUCGAGGAGCUAGAGAGCCAAGUCAUCAGCGCCAUGUCAGACAUCCUGCCGCCUAUCUACGCCAUGGGUCCGCUACCACUUCUCAGGGAAGCCUGUGCCAGCGCCAGCAAUGACCAUGCUGCCAGCACGUCGGCGGCCUCCAGCCUUUCCAAGGAGGACCACGCGUGCCAGGUCUGGCUCCACGGCAAGCGUCCCAACUCGGUGGUGUUCACGAUGCUGUGCUGGCCGUUCGGGGCCGACCAGCAGACCAACACCAGGAUGCCGUGCACGGAGUGGCGCGUCAGCGUGGAGAUCAGCGAGGACCCCGGGCGGGAGGAGGUGGAGGCGGCGAUACCGCAGGUGAUGGGCAGGGGGAGAGGGCAGGAGCUGAGGGGGUCGGCGGCGGAGUGGAAGGAUAAGGCCGCGCUCGCGGCACGGCCAGGUGGCUCCGCUUGGGUAAAUCUGGAGACGAGGUGCUUGCUCCUCUGA